UUAACUAUUUACUUUGUGUUGUCGUCCUGUAAAUUGUAAAUAGAUUCGCGAAUAUAUCGAAUUAUUAAUUUAUUGUAACCUGAAUUUUGGUUAAAUAAUUAUCUAUUAAAGUAGAAAUGAAUAAGCUUUUCUUGGCGUGUUUAUUUUUAUUAUAUGCAUGUGAAAAAUGUUCCGCAAUAAGAGAAUACAAAAAGGAGGAUAUAUUGAGGCUAAGGGAAGAAGUACGAGAAAUGUUUCAGCAUGCAUAUGACAGUUAUUUACGCUAUGCCUAUCCCUACGAUGAGCUCAGACCCUUAAGCUGCGAUGGCGUAGAUACAUGGGGGAGUUACUCUCUCACACUCAUUGAUGCACUAGACACUCUAGCUAUAAUGGGCAACUAUACCGAGUUCAACAGGGUAGUGGAUAUUGUUCUACAAAAACAGAAUUUUGAUGCAGAUAUAAAUGUAUCGGUCUUUGAAACUAAUAUACGAAUAAUCGGCGGACUACUAAGCGCGCAUCUUUUGUCUCACAAGACAGGUACAAAAUUAGAGCCUGGGUGGCCCUGUAACGGUCCUUUACUCCGCCUGGCAGAAGACGUAGCUCAGAGGCUCAUUGCAGCAUUUGACACUACAACGGGAAUGCCUUACGGUACUAUUAACUUACGGUCAGGGGUUCCCCCGGGGGAGACCAGUGUCACAUGCACGGCUGGAGUGGGGACAUUUAUAAUUGAAUUUGGAACUUUAAGUCGUCUCACUGGUGAUCCAUUAUAUGAAGAGGUAGCAUUGAAUGCUUUGAAAGCUCUCUAUCAUCACAGGUCUCCAAUAGGUCUGCUUGGGAACCACAUUGAUGUGAUGUCUGGCAGGUGGACUGCUCAGGAUGCUGGCAUUGGUGGUGGUGUCGACUCUUACUAUGAAUAUCUAGUCAAAGGUGCAAUACUCCUAGAGAAACCGGAACUCAUGUCGAUGUUCCAUGAAGCUCGCGAGGUGAUAGAUAAGUACCUGAAGAAAGACGACUGGUUCGUCUGGGCCACUAUGCUCAGAGGCCACGUCACACUACCAGUCUUCCAGUCCCUCGAGUCCUUCUGGCCCGGGCUGCUCACGCUCAUUGGCGAAAGCGACACAGCGUUGCGAAUAAUACACAACUACCAUAGCGUUUGGAAGCAAUACGGUUUUACCCCAGAAGUAUAUAACUUGGGUACUGGUGAGGCGUCGAGCUCGCGUGAGAGCUAUCCUUUGAGGCCGGAACUCAUCGAAUCUAUCAUGUACUUAUAUCAGGAGACCAGAGACCCGAUACUGCUGCAGAUGGGAGAAGAUAUACUGCGCAGUAUACAACACAGCGCCAGAACCUCUUGCGGUUACGCUACGAUAAAAGACGUACGAGACCAUCGCAAAGAAGAUCGCAUGGAGUCUUUCUUCCUCGCCGAGACGACGAAGUACUUGUACCUUCUAUUCGACCCGGAUAACUUCAUUCACAACCCCGGGGUACACGGCACUGUGAUAGACACUCCCAACGGCGAGUGCAUUGUCGAUGUCGGUGGCUACAUCUUCAAUACUGAAGCUCACCCCAUUGAUCCCACCAUGCUUUACUGCUGUCAUGAAGCUCGGCAAGGAAUAAACGUAAGCGAAGUCCAUAGAAUAUAUCAAAUGCUCGAAGAGGAAGACAAUAUCAAAUUCAUGACGAUGAUCGAUGCUACAACACAGAAGAAUAAUACCAACAACACGUCAAAUGAUACAAAUCAAACCCAAAACACAACAGAAAGUGUAGUCAAUAAAACUAAUGAUGAGGUAGAAACUACCGAACAAAAGCUAGAUCAAAACCAAGUACUCAUCAAGACGGAAAUAACAACCGGAUACGUUAACAUAGACGGCACAGAAAGAGAGAAAAGUAAGAACGACUCCACACUAACAGAUAUUUUAAAAGAGCGUAUUAUUAGUUACUAUAAUAAUUCUAAUGUAAAUAAUGUUGAAUCUAAAACAGAGAAAGAAGAGAAUAAAGAGAAGGUACGCGAUGCGAAAGUGGAGGUUGAUGACAUCAUUGUGCCUCACAAGAAAGAGGAACCUUUCCAGCCGCCGAGCACUACAAGGCAGAAGGAAGUGUUUAAACUGCUGCCUAAAGUUAUUCAAGAUUUUUUGAACAACGACUGGAAGACCAAACCUAAAUGUGAACCCCAAUACAUGUUAGAGCGGAUACGCAGAGAGAAACUUUACCCCGACCACCCAGAUGUCGACAGAUACGAGCUACUGCUGACUCCAGCACCAUCCUUCCUACAGAGGAUAUCACUUGCAGGAGAGUUCCUUAACAAGAAACAACUAGAAAUGUAACUUAUGUACAUACUCUUAAGUGUUUACUAACACGCAAACAAGGAUCUUACAACGAUAUUACAUAUAAUAGAAUUAAUAUAUAUAUAGAAAUAUAUUGGCCCCGAUUCCUGUAAACACCAUCUAAUUUUAUUUUAAGUUAUACCAUGUAAUUUUCUUAUCCGACGAAAAGGAAAAAGGGACGGAUGAUUGGCAGCUGUUAGUUUUAAAAUGAACGAGUGGAUGAAUGAAUAACCCGGACGAAUCAAAUAGGAACCGUUCGUAAAUUCUGUCGGGUUAUCGGCCAAUGUAAAAUUUUUAGAGGGUUGUUUUAGAUUUGUGCCUAAACGUGUGUUCCAUAAAUUUUAUGCCUGUUGAUUAUCCGUCCCUUUCCUUUUCGGCGGAUAAGAAAAUGACACUAACUUAAAAUAAAAUUAGAUGGUGUCUACAGGAAUUAGCACCAAUAUUAGAAGACUGAUAAUUGAGUGAAAGUGAUAAGUAUGGAAAAGUGUCGAAGGAAAAUCAUGUGCAAUGUGCAUAAUUAAUUUAAAUCAUGUUAUAAAAAUAUCAUAAUUAUGUCAUAUUCGCAGGCGAAUAGGUAGAUUUCGUUACUAUGCGCUAACAUUAAUAUUGUUCAUAGAUGUAUUUUUGAUGGUAACCGUUUUUAAAAGGAUUUUUUAUGAAUUUGAUAUAAUGUAAUCUACUGAUGUUAUAUAGUAAUACUAAAAUACUUUCAAAUCAUUAAAUAAAUAAAUCAUGUUUAAUAUUGUGUAGUAUACGGGGUGUUAGUGACAACGUAACUAAUACUGAGGGGGAUGAUUCAGACCAUGAUUCUAAGUUAAUAUGAAGUGGAAUUUCCUGUCGAAAAAUUCAUGUUUUUUUUUUUAUUAUUUACAGAUGCAUACUCUAGCGACGGAAAAUUCCACUUGAUAACUCAUCCCUCUAAAGUUUUCGUUACGAUGUCUCUAGGUUCGAACUGUAUUUUCGAUGGAAGGGUAAGACGACCUAUCUAACGAAUUGCCGACUUGUUUCUCUGCCCACCUCGUUAGAGAUUAUGGACGUAUGUAAUUAACUAUGUAGAAAAUCGCGAUGACAGUUAACGGUCCGACUAUUUUCACCCUUCUCUUACGAUAAGUGCAAGAAAGAGACAGCUAGUUUUGGCAACAUUAUCCGUUGAACAAAUGACUAAUUAUUUUAAAAAAUAAUUGUAAUUGCAUAUUUGCGAAAUCUACCUAAUAAUUAUAUUUGAGAAAGAACCCAGUACGUACUUGCUUCAUUUUCUGAAUACAUUGAUGUUAAAUUAA